AUGAAAAAGGAAGCGGUGAAAAAGGAAGUGGUGAAAAAGGAAGUGGUGAAAAAGGAAGUGGUGAAAAAGGAAACAAGAGCAAUGAAAAAGGAAGCGGUGAAAAAGGAAGUGGUGAAAAAGGAAGCAGUGAAAAAGGAAGCAGUGGAAAAGGAAGUGGUGAAAAAAAAAGCGGUGAUAAAAAAAGCGGUGAAAAAAAAAGCGGUGAAAAAGGAAGUGGUGAAAAAGGAAGCAGUGAAAAAGGAAGCAGUAAAAAAGGAAACAAGAGCAAUGAAAAAGGAAGCGGUGAAAAAGGACCUGGUGAAAAAGGAAGCGGUGAAAAAGGAAGCAGUGAAAAAGGAAGUGGUGAAAAAGGAAGCGGUGAAAAAGGAAGCGGUGAAAAAGGAAGUGGUGAUAAAGGAAGUGGUGAAAAAGGAAGUGGUGAAAAAGGAAGUGGAGAAAAAGGAAGCAGUGAAAAAGGAAGUGGUGAAAAAGGAAGCGGUGAAAAAGGAAGCGGUGAAAAAGGAAGCGGUGAAAAAGGAAGCGGUGAAAAAGGAAGCGGUGAAAAAGGAAGCAGUGAAAAAGGAAACGGUGAAAAAGGAAGCGGUGAAAAAGGAAGCAGUGAAAAAGGAAGCAGUGAAAAAGGAAACGGUGAAAAAGGAAGUGGAGAAAAAGGAAACAAGAGCAAUGAAAAAGGAAGCGGUGAAAAAGGAAGCAGUGAAAAAGGAAGUGGUGAAAAAGGAAGUGGAGAAAAAGGAAGUGGAGAAAAAGGAAACAAGAGCAAUGAAAAAGGAAGCGGUGAAAAAGGAAGUGGUGAAAAAGGAAGUGGAAAAAAAGGAAACAAGAGCAAUGAAAAAGGAAGCAGUGAAAAAGGAAGCAGUGAAAAAGGAAAUAGUGAAAAAGGAAGCAGUGAAAAAGGAAGCGGUGAAAAAGGAAGUGGAGAAAAAGGAAACAAGAGCAAUGAAAAAGGAAGCGGUGAAAAAGGAAGCAGUGAAAAAGGAAGUGGAGAAAAAGGAAACAAGAGCAAUGAAAAAGGAAGCGGUGAAAAAGGAAGUGGUGAAAAAGGAAGUGGUGAAAAAGGAAACAAGAGCAAUGAAAAAGGAAGCGGUGAAAAAGGAAGUGGUGAAAAAGGAAGCAGUGAAAAAGGAAGCAGUGGAAAAGGAAGUGGUGAAAAAAAAAGCGGAAGCGGUGAAAAAGGAAGCAGUGAAAAAGGAAGUGGUGAAAAAGGAAGCGGUGAAAAAGGAAGCGGUGAAAAAGGAAGUGGUGAUAAAGGAAGUGGUGAAAAAGGAAGUGGUGAAAAAGGAAGUGGAGAAAAAGGAAGCAGUGAAAAAGGAAGUGGUGAAAAAUGAAGCGGUGAAAAAGGAAGCGGUGAAAAAGGAAGCGGUGAAAAAGGAAGCGGUGAAAAAGGAAGCAGUGAAAAAGGAAACGGUGAAAAAGGAAGCGGUGAAAAAGGAAGCAGUGAAAAAGGAAGCAGUGAAAAAGGAAACGGUGAAAAAGGAAGUGGAGAAAAAGGAAACAAGAGCAAUGAAAAAGGAAGCGGUGAAAAAGGAAGCAGUGAAAAAGGAAGUGGUGAAAAAGGAAGUGGAGAAAAAGGAAGUUGAGAAAAAGGAAACAAGAGCAAUGAAAAAGGAAGCGGUGAAAUAG